UCUAAAUAAAGCACACUGGACACGUGGCCGGUGAUGGAAGAACAAGGGAGCAUGUGUGAGAGUUGUGGGGUGGAGAGAGGACGAUACAAGUGUCCUGGGUGUGGAGUACGCUCAUGUAGUGUGCAGUGUGUCAAGAGACACAAGACUGAACGAAGGUGUGAAGGAAAGAGGUCGAACACUAACUAUGUGUCUCUUUCAGAGUUCACGACAUCCCAUUUGCUGAGUGAUUACUACUUUCUGGAAGAGGCGGGGCGCAUGAUUGACUCUGCCCAUCGAGGCCUUCAGAAUAUUGGGAGAGAUACCAGAGAGAGGAGACAGAGGCUGCAAAGAGUGAGGACAGCUGCGAGGAAAAGGGGGAUUUCCCUCCAGCUGUGUCCUCAGGGGAUGGUGAAACACCAGGCCAACACCUCCUGUACUAUAUGGAAUAAAGACAGGUGGAAUGAAACACAGACCAUGUGGUAGUAUGGAAUGAGUGUUCUGCAGGAGAGACUGGGGAAUACAGUGGAGGGUGAGACUGGUGUUCCCUCUGGCAGGCCAGGAAUUCACCGAGGAGAGAGUGUGUGAGGACAAGUCAUUGGAGGACCUUCUGAAGAGGUAUAUACAUCCUACAGAGAGCAACCCAGUCAUAAGGCACAGACUUAAGAGAUAUGUGGGACAGGAGGUGGCAGUAUUUCUGAAGGUGGAGAAGACAAACUCGGCCACCUACUGCCAGAUACGACCUCAAAAGUUCUCUCAGAGAAAGUCUCAGAGACAGAACAGUCAUUGAGUUUCCCGAGUUGCACAUCACUCUCUCUUCAGCUCCCACUGAUUACCAGGGGUCUCUCCUUCAGCCAUCUGAUUACCAGGGGUCUCCUGCUGGGGAGCUGCAGGUGUCAAGAGAUGCUACCUCGUCUCUUGCAACACUAGCUGCCAACUAUGGGAGUAGCAGCGAAGGCAGCGAGACAACUUAGCUAUAAACUGGGGUUUUUGCAGUCACUGUAUGUUAUGAUUGGCUUUUGUGGCUCAAUAUGUAUUUUGGGGACAA